AGGACGGAGGAAGUCUUCGGAGAACGCCAGAGUAUAAAACCAUCAAAGUAUCACGGAUUAUCAUCACAUUGUCGUUGUUCGUCGCUUUGGAAAGAACUCGCUCUGAUAAAGCAAAAAUAUAUCAGUGAAAAAUAAUAAAAAUUAAAAAAAAAUUAUUGUUAAGUGAAUUAAUUUUGCUUUUUCACGUCAAAGCGAUUUUUUAACAAGAUGGGAUCUUCCUGUCUGCUCGCUGCCAAAUGGACACUCUUUACAGUUGUCUUGGUGCUCUUUUUCUUGCCACGCAAUGGCAACUGCCAAAAUGUGCAGCCCGUGAAUUUUAAUGCCGUGGAUCACUUUGAACGGCAAACGCGUGGAAGAGUGUGUGGACCCGAUUUGUCGAUGAACGUGGAGUAUUUGUGCAGAAAUUACUUUGUAAAAAAGGAAAAACGGCAUGUAUCUCCGAAAAUGAGAGUCAUGUUCCCCACAAUUACUGACUUCGAAUACGACGAAAAAGAGGACGAGAACGACAUGAUGCCACCAUCCAUGAACAAUUUCGAUUUCCAGCCCUUCCUCAAAAAAAUGUACGGAAAUAUCUGGAAGAGCGGCAAACGUACCGGCCGACAUCGCCAAUCGCUCGUGACCGAGUGCUGCCAAAAGUCGUGCACGACAGCCGAAAUGAUUGGCUACUGCGACGGCAAAGGCGGCCUUAAGUCAUACAACGAUGACGACAAGUGAGCAAAAAACGCUUAAAGUAACGUCAAAAAAAAAGAAUUAGUAAGAAAAGCAAGAGACUGAUAGAAAAAAAAAACGAAACGAAAGGACCAAUUUUAAAACUUUUUUGUAUUAAAAAUCCAAUCUUGAUGUAGCAAAAAAUUCAAAUAAAAAACAUUUAU